UUGCCUCUCUCUUUCCUCUUCUGUGUCCAACUGCUCUUCUUCUCGCACAUUCUUCCCGACCUGAGCAGACGAGAGGGCGUGGGGGUGGGGAUGGGGGGCUCGGCGGCGUCUGUCCCCAGUCCCCACGUCCGGUGAGGCGCGCCAUCCCCGUCCGGUGAGCUCGCGCCGCAGUGGGCGGCUUCUGUCCCCGCGUCCGAUGAGGGGCGUUGUCCCCGUCCGGUGAGGUCACGCGGCGGUGGGUUAGGUGGCUUCUGUCCCCGACUCCCCGUCCGGUGAGGGUGAGGUCCUGUCGCUCAUCUUCCUCUAAUCACGGCCGCUCCUCGCGCGUAGCACACGUCUCUGUCCGGCUGUCCCGCGGCGCGGGGUCGGCGUCGUCACGACCGGCCAGCCGCGCUCCACCUCCACGGCCACGACGCGGACGAGCUAAGGAGUUUUGGGAGAGUCCGAGAGGAGAGGUCAGGCGAUUUCGGCAGCGGCGAACUCGUCGGAGGCCAAGGCGGCAGCUCCGCGUGGUGAGUUUGCUCGGCCUCGUUGAAUCCAUACGGAGCGCUUACUCACGAGGCUGAUUUUUUGCUCGUUUCAUCACCGGUGUGUGGUGAGCCGCAUCUAUUUGGGAGCGGAUUUGGUUCAGCUUGGGCUGGUCUGGUGAGCAAGUACUAGAACAAGAGUUUGUUCACUGUUGCGGUUCAGCUGCGAGGGGGCAGAGGAAUUCGUAUAGGUAUUCCUCUCAUUUUUGUGAAAUUUCAAGAACCAAUUACAUCUGCUCUUAGGACAGAUAAAAAGGUCAAAUGCUUGUUUAUGUGAGGUCAACUUGUCGCAAGGUUUUGGGCCCCUGAAUUUUUCUUAUCAUCUGCUGUACUUGCGCCCUGUCAUUUGAACCUUCUCCUUGCUAAAAUCCUGAACAGAAUCACGAGACAUGUUCCGGACCCCUUUUUGUGCUAUGUGACUGUCUGUUGUUGUCGUGUUUUUCAUAUUUUUUAAGCUGCGAGCUGCUAUGCACUUUCAUGUUUUAAGCUGUUUUGGUGUCUGAGUUGGGCAUAACAAAAUUUGACUGUUUUGGCGUUCAAAAGCAGGCGCCUGUUCCGAGGGAACAAAACAGGCGACUGAUUUUACACAACAAAACAGGCGACUGAAAACAUCUACAGAAACAGGCGACUACUUUUUGUAACAAAACAGGCGAUUACCCAAUAGAUAGACCCAUAAAACAUUGGCUAAGCCAAAUAUAGAUAGACCCAUAAAACAUUGGCUAAGCCAAAUAUUUGGACACCAUCCAAACAAACACCAAAUCUUGGUCAAUGAAAAAGAAAUUGGGUUGGUAUUUCCGUCUCGUUGUUAAUUGCAGCUGCUCGAUCCAGUCCCCCAUCUUUCCACAAAGAUUCUCCCUGCUCCCCGAUUCCACUCCACCAGCGCCGGCUGCUGCUUCAGUCCCAAUCCCAAUGCCGAGCUCGACCCGCGGCGCACGACGACCGAUGGCUGCUUCCGUCUCGGAGCUGGCCGUGCUGGCGUUCCACAUCGCCGACGGCUGCGCCCGGAUCCUGGUCCCGAUGCUCUGCUUCCUGGGCGGGCCAGCUUCUUCCCCGCGCAGCCCCGCCCUCGAGAAGGCCGCCGUGGCCCUCCUCCUCGUCCUCCCGAUGGCCUUCAUCGCCGGCGUCUUCCUGGCGCACUUCGCCGGCAUCAUCCUCGCCUACCUCCACCUGGCCGUCGUCCCGGCGCCGGCGGCCGCGUCCUCCGUGGAUCCGGUGGAGGCGCGGUUCGGCGUCCUGCUCUUCGCGCUCGUCUCCGCGUGGCUUCUCCUCAUCUCCGCCCCGUUCGCCGCCUUCUCCUUCCUUCCUCAGCUCCGGUAGCCGGUAAGCGAAGGAUUGGGCCAGGGGGCUCAGCCGGGAUUAGGAACUCUGGCUCAAUCCCCAUUCGCCCCAAACCGAGAGAGAGACGGGGAACGAAAGGUAUACCGUAGCACUAUAUAUAUGAGUGAAAAAUAAUCUGUAGAUGUGCCAAUAAUAGUACUCUGGGGAUGGAUGUUUCCGCAAAAGCGGAGGAAUCCCGAUCUAGUGUUCUGGGCCAUGGAUGAUGGCCGGCGGCGCAGCUGAGACAAGCAAAGAGUUCGUGAGGGCUUCUGCAAGUGUCAAGAUCGAGGUGUUGUACUCAUGUGCUCUGUCUCUGUCUCUAGCAACCAGUAGAUUCAGACAACAGUUAUGCUCCGGCGAGGGACCGAAGGACCACGGACAUGUGGACCACUCCUCCACGCCGACGAGUUUCCCCGACAAGCCCAUUUUCCAACUCGGCUUGUUGUAAGUGACGAAGCAAUCAGGUAGACCUGCUGAAGUACUGUUAGCCCAAGUUUAUUCCAGUGUAAAUUUCUCUCGCUCAAGCAUGGCCAUAAGGCAAAAAGGUGACCUUAUGGUCUACCUUAUACAUCGUGACAGUUGGCCGUAAGCCAAAAAACUUAUGAGUUGGCCAUAAGCAAGCUUGUGGCUAGUCAUAAGGAAUAAAGUAUAGUAUUUCUAUUCUUUUGUCUUUCUUGUUUCUAUGAGUGACAUGUAGAUCCAUGUAGGACCCACUUUAUGGAUUAUGUGACCACAUACAUUGUGCACAUUGCCAUAAGCUUUUGCUUUAAUUUGUGGGUCCUAACUUAUGGUCAAAUUGUCCACAAACACUGGUGACUAAUCUGGGACAUCGAGUUUUCUGCAAUUUUUUUAACGAUAAACAGUUGUGCUUCUGGCACGAACAGACUUGAUCCAAACACGCUGGGCCAGGAAUUAAUCCCAAUCCGAAUGACGGGGUUUGUGAAGUUGUACGGAGUACUAAAAACCCUGCAUAGUAUAACGACAAACCUAGCAUUUUUUAUGCUGAAAAGGGAACUGUGGAAGCACCUGGUUUAGGAAAUUAAAUUCGCCUCCGAGAAGCAGAGUACUACCACUGGUCCCGCUGACGCCCACUGUGAUCAGCGCCACUGUGAUGGUCAAACUAAGAGUACUGCAUCUAAUUAGGUUUGUAUUAAACGAUAAAGACAGCGCUAGAACUCGCCAGCGUUUUUAAUACUGUAGUUGUGUAUGCUUUUACAAGAUAUAUGUGCAAUGCACUGUAAUUUCCCCGUUUGAAAUGGAUGCAUAGUUUUUAUCA